AUGUAUACCAGCAAGUUCGAGCCGCCGUCAUUCGGCCCGUCCAACCUCAAAUACGAGAAGCUGAUUUCGGCCAACCUAAAACACAUCCAAGCCGAGAUUCUAUACACCGAGCACAAUGUCGGGGAUCUGUCUAACCGAUUCGCGUCACAGCGGCUGCUGACCACCAUCCAGAACAAGCUGGACAACGUUUUUUCCCUCAUUAGCGUCACGGAGGGCUAUUUGGACGAGUGGCGCUCGGAGAUUUCGCGCUCGCCUGGCCUUCUGGAUGCCAGCAGUUCCUUCGAGCGGCUGAAGGGCCAGUUCAGCCGGGAGGUGGCUCGGGCGAAAAACCUGUCCAGCUUGGUGAUGAAACGCCCGCAUAUCCCCACGUCGGAGUCGGUUGACGAGACCUCUACAGUUGACAGUUCGCCUGGCGCCGCGCAGGUGGAUUACCAUUUCAUAAAUUCUGCCAUGAUCGACGCCUCGCCGGAGCUGCAGCCGAUUCAGCACUUCGAUUUCGUGGAGUUCGACCGUGAUCAGGAGCAGCUGACUGACUCGCUGAUCGAGGCGCGGAGCCAGGGAAUCAGCAAUAUCCGAAAUCAGAUUGAACAGGCCCAUGGCAUAUUCAACGACAUCGCAACCAUAGUGGCUGUGCAGGACGGCGGUCUGCAGCAGCUGGAAGUCAACCUCAAGGAGGCACACGUAAACAGCGAGGAGGCUCUAGUGGACAUCGAGUCCCUGGUGACGUCGCGCCGCCGCACUUCGCGUCGCAGGUUGGUUGCAUGUGUGAAUGUCAUGUAG